AUGGAACUGGGGCACCAGCGGGAACCAGGGACAGAUAGAACGCAUAGUAGCCAUAAGGCACGAUUUGGAGGACGAUUUGAACUGUAUCUAGCAAUAGUUAUAGGGCGACGGCUCUCCACGCCAUAUACCCUUCGGGAGGUCGGCCGCAAGGGCGGCAGCGCCUUUGCCGCCACGGCGUUAAAUACAACAACAACAACAACUACAAUCUACACCCCGGAUCCCACAAUUUUGUUUGUUGGUGCCGUCAACGCAGGUCUUACGUUCAAGAUCUUCGAAUACCAGGCUGUCCUCGCUGCCCAACUACUCGCAGGCCGUGUCCCAUCCUCUCGCCUCCCAUCGACGGAAGCCCAGCUCGCUUGGGAAGUAGACCGCAUUGCAAAGCGUGGCGACGGCCCGAAAUUUGCGCUCGUAUUUCCAGACUUUAAAGAAUACUUUGAGGAGUUGAGAAGAAUUGCUGGUCCACCCACGGAAGACGGCAAGGGCCGAGAGCUGCCACCUUUCAACAAGUCCUGGUUCGAAAGGUUUAUGCAGGGUCACGAGCGUCGAAAGAAUAUGUGGAGGAGAUUGAAUGCACAGGCGAUGGCGACUUUAGAAUCAAGAGAUCCAGAAGGCAGUUUACGGCCAAAGUUGUGA